CGGAGGGGGCGGGGCUGCUCACCGUGGCUCUGUCCGGUUCUCAUCUCUGCGGUCCCUCCUCGCGAUGCUGUCCGCUCUGAGGUCCGGUGUCCGGGUGCUGCUCCCAAGCUGCGCCGCGGCGCCGAGGCUGCGCUCCUACCACGGGGACGCGGUGGCCGCGCUGGGCUCCCAAAUCGACACGGGCUCCGCUCUCUACCAGGAAAACUAUGAACGAAUGAAAGCUCUAGUAAGUGAACUACAUGAGCGAGCAGAGCAUAUCAGGCUAGGAGGUAGUGAGAAGGCACGGAAACUUCACAUAUCAAGAGGAAAACUGCUCCCUAGAGAAAGAAUUGACAGACUCCUAGAUCCAGGAUCUCCAUUCCUGGAGUUUUCCCAGUUUGCAGGUUACCAAUUGUAUCCUAAUGAAGAGGUCCCAGCAGGGGGAAUUAUUACAGGCAUUGGCCGAGUGUCAGGAGUGGAAUGCGUAAUUAUUGCCAAUGAUGCAACUGUCAAAGGUGGGACCUAUUUCCCAGUGACAUUGAAAAAACACUUACGGGCCCAGGAAAUUGCCUUGGCAAAUAGGCUCCCCUGCGUGUAUUUAGUUGAUUCGGGAGGUGCAAACUUACCUCGACAAGCAGAAGUAUUUCCAGAUCGAGAUCACUUUGGUCGCUCAUUCUAUAAUCAAGCAAUUAUGUCUUCUAGAAAUAUUUCACAGAUAGCAGUGGUGAUGGGAUCCUGUACAGCAGGAGGAGCUUAUGUUCCUGCAAUGGCUGAUGAAAGUAUUAUUGUUGCCAAGCAAGGUACCAUUUUCCUGGGAGGACCCCCCCUGGUUAAAGCAGCAACUGGUGAAGACGUAUCAGCUGAGGACCUUGGAGGUGCUGACCUGCAUUGCAGAAAGUCUGGAGUAACUGAUCACUAUGCUUUGGAUGACACUCAUGCACUUCACUUGGCAAGGAAAGCUGUGAGGAGUCUAAACUAUAGUAAGAAAUUAGAAGUGACGAUAGAACCUUCUGAAGAGCCUUUGUUUCCUCUAGAUGAGGUAUAUGGAGUAGUUGGAGAUAACCUCAAGAGGAACUUUGAUGUCCGAGAGGUCAUUGCUAGGAUUGUGGAUGGAAGCAGAUUUGAUGAAUUUAAAGCCCUCUAUGGAGACACCUUAGUCACAGGGUUUGCUAGAAUAUUUGGCUACCCAGUGGGAAUUAUUGGAAACAACGGUGUUCUUUUCUCAGAAUCUGCAAAGAAGGCAACUCACUUUAUUCAAUUAUGCUGCCAAAGAAAGAUUCCUCUUGUGUUUCUUCAGAAUAUUACUGGUUUUAUGGUUGGCAAAGAAUAUGAAGUUGGUGGAAUAGCAAAAGAUGGAGCCAAGAUGGUGACUGCUGUGGCCUGUGCCAAUGUACCUAAAAUUACUGUCAUCAUUGGGGGAUCUUAUGGAGCUGGAAAUUUUGCAAUGUGUGGCAGAGCGUAUUCUCCAAGGUUUCUCUACAUGUGGCCGAAUGCCCGUAUCUCAGUGAUGGGAGGGGAACAAGCUGCCAAUGUUUUAGCCACAGUAGCAAAAGACCAGAAAGCAAGAGAAGGGAAGGAGCUCUCCAGUGAAGAAGAAGCUGCUUUAAAGGAGCCUAUCAUUAAGAGGUUUGAAGAAGAAGGAAGUCCUUACUACUCCAGUGCAAGGCUGUGGGAUGAUGGAAUUAUUGAUCCAGCUGAUACCAGACUGGUCCUGGGUCUUAGUAUUAGUGCAGCCCUCAAUGCCCCAAUCGAGAAGACCAACUUUGGACUUUUCAGGAUGUAAUAGAAUUGUAGGAAGUUCUCUUAUGGGUUUUUAACUAAAGAAUACAAAUUAGGGGCCUUAAAAGUUCAGACAUUUUUAAUAUAAUGGUGCAAUAAAAAUUCACUACCUUUGUGUUAUUUUAAAAAGUGUACUGGGUUUUGUUGUCAGCCAGACUCUCUUUUAAAAAUGUUAGUGAGUAUACUCAUUCAAUGAAUCUAAAUGUAUUUUGAGCUCUUGUUGAGUGGCCUCUCUAGGCCUCAGGUUCACCAUUUAAAACAGAUAUAACGAUGUAUGAAACCUACUUCUGUCAUAGGUAUGUUGUGAGGAUAAAUGAAGUAAUGUGUUUCAUGAUAUUUGAUAAAUCAUUCAUCUGCCACUUUAACUUUGGGCAAGCCACUUGAUUUCUCUGGGCCUCAGUUUCCUCAAGAGGGGUUGGACUAAAUGACCAUCAAGGGUUUUUUUUCCCAGGAAUAAAUCAAUGAUUUAGAAAUUACAUGUUUUGAAUUCUGUAAGAAAGAAUCAUCUAUAUAAACCAGGCAUUCUGGAAAAUAUUAUUUAAGCCUCUAUUUUCUCAGAAAUGUAAAGCUUCUUGGUUUUGUUUGAUAAUAUUUUAAAACUAAUAAUGAAAAGUCAUGUGCCAUGAGAUUUUGAUUUUUCUUAGUCACUGUAACUUUAAAUUUAAAUGAUUUUAAAAAAUAAAACCUAAUAACUACAGAUUGUUUUGCCUAAAAAAUUAAUGACAUUAGAGUAUUGGUAGGUGGCACAUGUCAAAUUUGGAUGGAUCUGAUUUGUUAUACUUAAUUACGUCAGUUUUUCCCUACAAAGUAUAUAGUUAUUACUGAAUACACUGUAAUACAUCUUCAUAAUUCAGAGUUUUCAUUUUUAGAAGUUGGUGUAAAUUUUAAAGCAACAAUAUAUUUUGAGGAGUAUAUCUGACUCAGUUUUAUCAUCUGUAAAGUGAGGAUAUUAAUAACACCAGGAUUAUUAUUAGAUUUGAAUGAGAUGGUGUAUGUGAAGUACUUUCCAAACCUUAAAGCACCCGAUAAAUGUUAUUGUUGUGGUUGUUGUUGUUAUUGUUACUACAUAGUAGAUGGAGAGCUGGCCCCAGAAAUAGGAACACCUGGACUCAAGUCUGACUGAGCCAUACUGGCUGUGUGAUAUUGGGCAAGUUGCCUCCUAGGUAAUAGUCUGAGACUAUAGUUUGUAGAGAAGGUGCCCACCUGCAUUGACAGAGAGUGUUUUCUUACUUUGGAGCUCCCUAUACUGGUGAAAUCACAGAUCUAAUCUCUUUUUUUUCCAAAAAUAAUCAGGAUAGGGAUAGAACUUGUGAUUUUACUAGCAUAGGGAACUGAAAAAAAUGAGGAAAUGUUCCUUUACCAAUGCAGGCAAACACCUUCUGUAAUCUGUAGUCUUAGGGUUGCCUAGGGUUCUGAGAGGUCACAUCCAGCAUGUGCAAGAGGUAGGACUUGAGUCUAGGUCUUCCUGGCUACCUCUUAUGUGUGUGUGUGUGUAAGAGAAUAUAUGAGCAAUUUUCCAGCUGCAUCAGAAAAUGAAUUAUGAUUUGGUUAUUUCAUUUAACAAAACAAAUGAAUACUGCUUUUAUUAAAGACAUUGGGAGAUUUGA